CACUUUUAUCCUUUUUUAUAAUGCUUAAAAUGCAAGUCUGAGCCGGUCCGGGAAAUAAAUCUAGACUCCAUACGCCGUGUUUAUAUAUCAUUCGGUCUUUUGAUAACAUACAAAUUCGGUACAUUCAAUUCAAUUUUAGUGCAAAAUAAACGUUUCAUGGAUAAAAUAAUGCCAAAAUAUUUUGGCCCUGCGCCCUCUGUUGGUCAUUAUUACCAUUUAAGGCAAGAUAGUUUGUUCGACUCAAAAUGGCGAACAUUGACGAUCUAGACGAAGACUUCAUUCUCUGUAACGUUUGUAACAACGAAUACGAUGAGGACCAAAGAGCUCCGAAAUUGUUGCCAUGCCUACACACGCUCUGUAACGAUUGCGCACUAAAUGCUGCGCAUGGAUCGAUUCUAAAGUGCGCGCUUUGCCAAGAGGAGCAUCCGAUUUCUAGUGACCUUGACUUUUCUAAGGAUAGUACCAUGACGAAUAUGAUGGACAUGAUCAAAUUGCAACGAAAACCGUCCAGUAUUCUUUGUUCUGACUGUCCCGAUAACAAUAAUGGAAAUACAUUUUGCAAAGAUUGUUACGUGUUCCUCUGCAAGGAGUGCACGAGUGCUCACAAACGAACACAGCUCACCAGACGCCAUACCCUUUUGACCCUCGACGAACUGAAGAAUGCCGGUAUUGGUAGUUUCACGCGCAAGGAGAUGUGUUCACUUCCGGGACACGAGGAUCAGCCAUUUUCUUUCUAUUGCGAAAAUGAGGAAUGCCAAAAACCAGUUUGCACCCAAUGUGUUGUGGGUGAUCAUAGUCAAACAAACGGACACUCGAUUAGAAGUUUAAACGAAAUUUACGAAGAGAACAAACUCUCGGUAGAACGCCUUGUUGGAGAGCUUUUGGGUAAAAUUUCAGGCGUAAGCUCUGAGGCCAAAACUCUAGAAGCAGAAGAGAACGUUGUUGAAGUUAAGCAUGCCGAAAUGAAUAAACAGAUAGACGACUUAUUUGAUUCAUUUGCGAAAGUGUUAGAAAAAAGGCGAGAAAAACUGAAGCAAAGAGUGGAUGUUAUAUGUGAAGAAAGGAAAAAUGAGAUCAAAGGUCAGCUGACCAAGUUACAGAAAAGUAAAUCUGACAUGGAAAAUUCAUGUAACUAUUCUUCCAGAAUGCUUGUGUUUACAAACAAACCAGAGUUUUUACAACUCAAGAACAUUGUUCUUGCCAAACUUAGUCAAAUGGUUGACAGUGAGUUCGAAACAAACUUGCCCGAAGCGACUGAACUGAAUUUCGACGCAUGCGUAGAGCAGGACAGAUUUGAAGAAAUCGUUCAUAACAUUGGGGAAAUACGGACGAACUUCUAUAACGAAAGCGACCGAACAUCGCCGAAAAUGAACGGAACAGCGGAAGUGCCAGAAAAGUUUGUACUACCGUAUAGAGGUUCGCCCAAAAAUCCUCCAGGGAAAUACACCACCACCAAACAUUCACCCGUGAAACCAACCAAUGAAAUACGACUGACAGGAAAGCCAGAAUCUCUAAAACUUGAUCUCUAUGGCAACAAUAACCAUCAUAAACCAGUGAUUAAAGGAACAAAUGAGAACGUGCUAGGAAGACCACUGUCCCUGAAAUCGCCUGUUAUAUCUCCAAACAAGCAGGCAACAUCACUUGGAGAUUUCCUCAAUACGCUUCAUAGUCAAACAAGGGAGAUUAUCCGUGAAAAGAAACAUCAAUGGAUGUUAGACGAACUGCAGACAAAGAGCAAACUGUUUCUUAACAAUAGAGAAGAAUUCGACGAAUCUCAAGAUACUGGAGAUAAAGAGUCCGAGCGUCAGCUCCCUAAAUCUCCUUCCUUGCCCCCUGCCCUGUCCCCCUCACGGCAGAGGUCGCCCGGAACCCCACCAUACACGCCACCGGUGUAUGCACCACAGUCACAAAUUUACCAGACCUAUAACACAACCGGAAGUCCUGGUAUCAAAACACCGCCUGUGGGGGAAGUGACGUCAUUUAGCAGAAAUGGUUUAAUGAGUCCAACAACUAACGGGAACAGGGACGACAACUCUUUUGUGCAAAAUUCUAGAAAGGGCCAGUCUAACUCAAACACAAGUAAAAGCCAAGUUGUUCCUAAGCUGAAUCUAUACGGAAUAAAUUCUCCAAUUAAAACCGGAAGUACUUUAAAUGGUCGUCUGCAGAAUAGCCUCGUUUGCAACGGGACGAUUAAAACCGGAAAUGACGAUGACAUUCCAAAGACGAAAGCGAAAACACAAAAUGUCACGUGGAACUUAGAUCAAAAGGAAACAAAUGGAAUACCAAAGAGACAGAAUACGCCAUCAACACCGAAACUUACAGAAAGUUCUUAUUCUGAGGUUAAACAGCCGUCACCACGGAAACCUCCGUCUGAUAAACUGAUUGUAUUCGGAGACAUAUCAUGUCCGGACUUUCAGAUGGACCCAACUUCAGCACAUCACGAGCGGGAAGUUAGCAAAGACGGUAGGACGCUAAGAAACAAGAAGACCGACAUCUUCAGUACAAGUGGAAUCGACCUGGAAAAUAGUCUCGUGCAGUACAAAGGGGCCAUUGGAACGAUUCCAUUCCAAGAGCAGGGAAAAUUCUAUUACGAGGUUGACGUAGUUUAUAAUAUUCAACAACCUCUCGAGGAAACAUGGCUGGUGUUUGAAAUCGGGUUAUGUCGACUUGAUGACGUAGACAUGCACCACACAGUCGAACGUCACGAGUAUGCGCGGUCAUUUUACGUUGCAAGGUACCCGGAAGACGGGAAGUUGUCAAUGGAGUUUUGGCACAAUCGAGAUCUCUUGAACAUUAUCCCGUUGUCUGAUAACACUUCCGGUAUAGAAAUGCGUAUUACGUACGGAUUCCUUGUCGACACUCGCCGCAAGAAAUGGGUCAUUGCAGACUGCAACAACAACAAAGUCUUACACUCUUUCGAUAAACUGGAGUUUUCAGAAGCGCUGCAUCCAGUAUUUGGUUGCUAUAACCCUGACCUUUGUACGGUUGAAUUGACCUUGAAAACAGGAAGUGAGAUCACAAUGAUCCCACAAUGCUUAAAACAACCAAGCUAUGGGGCAACAUAAACAAUUCUGUAUGAAUUGCUUGAUAUGAAUUUACCCACUUUACGUUGUAAACGGACGAUCAUCAUUAUUUCAAAUUGUUGCCAUUUUGUAAACUAAUGAAUGACACGUUUAGCGGUAAUUAAUAAUUAUUUUUUUAUCAUAGUAAUGCAAAAGUUCGUCAGAAAUAUAGUUUUACUUUGAACGUGCACUCAUGUCCUUGAACAUUAUUUUGAAAACUAUUUUCAAGACUUUGGCCAAAGUCUCUCGUUAUAUAUUUCAUUGCUUUAAUUUCACAAUCUCUGAGGUUAUAAAAAUCUGCCAACAAAUAUGAAUAAUGUUACUAUAGAAACUCGCAGUACCAAAAGAAUGAUGUUACACCUUUUUGAUUGUUUGCGUAAAUCUUUUUUAGUUAGGCAUUUAAAACAUAAAGGUGCUCAAGAAUUAGUAAUAUUGUUUGACAGAAACAUUUUUUGUAUGUUCUUCACUGAAAAUGCAUCUAAGUAUAAAAGUAAUUGUACAAUCGAUUUUAUCAGUAUUAAUCGAACGUGGUUUGUUUCUAAUUUCCGUCCAAUUUGUUUUGUUUUGCUUUUUAACGCAUAAUUAUAUACUUUUUAUUAUGCUUGUCCAAAAGGUUGUGAUGUAUUGUUUUUGUUGUUUAUAUUAUUUACUAUUAUUUUACAUCAAUGUAGUGUAUUUAUGCGUUUGAACUAAAGUAUAUAUGCCGCUAUAUAUAUUUAUUUAUUAUAUAACUAUUA